AUCAUAUGUUCGUCAGAAUCAGGAGUCGUAAUUUCGCAACUGCAACUAAUAAUUACUUAUUACUUUUGUUCAUUACGUUGUUGUAGCUUAAAGUAUAAUCUAGAAAUUAAUUUCUAGCAUUUGGUAUCAUACCUGAUUGUAGUCGUUGUAUUACUAUGAUAAGUCACUGCUUUUGAUAAUAAUAGAACUAUAUCUUAGGUUAACUUUCAUCGAUAGCAAUCUAAGAAAAGCCAAAAUAUGUUUUGUACAAAAGCAGUAAACAUUUUGAAAUUAUCCCGGCGAUGUUUAAAUCCUCAUCUGUUAAACAAAACAAACAUACCUGCAUCUUUAACUCAACAUAAGCGUUUUAAAGGCGAUUUAUAUGAGCCUGAUUAUUUAAUUAGCAUGGAGCCAGAUGAGCCUGUAUAUGAUUGUCUUAACCUACAGUUGAAAGGCUAUGACUUUGCUCUAUUGGAAGCCUGUCAGAGCCAAAUACAUAAAUAUGCAGAGGUUAUGGGCAUACAAGUUGAUGAGAGCUGGGCAACACCAGCACAGCAGUUAAAAGUCCAAAGGUACAAGCCCAAUGGAACAGCAAUUGAUGCAGAAUAUCAGCUGAAUGUUUAUGAAAGGAAUGUUCAGGUAUCAGAUGUACCAGCGUGGGCCCUAGGCACGCUCCUUCGCGUAGCACGCGCCGUUCUGCCCGAGGGCUGCACGCUGCGAGUGCACGAGCACGCGAUCGAGCACGAAGAGAUUCGAUACGUGCCCGACAACCAGCUGCUCGAACUGAAACAGCAGCUGCAAGACAUGGGCGGCAGUCGCGCUGAAAGAAAGAAGAAGAGAUAAUGUCUUGUCCUCAUUGUAUGUGACGUAGUGUAUUCUAGUUGCCGUUUUAGAAUAAAUUUAUGAUGUUCGUGA